UUUCUGUUUUUCUCUCUCUUUCCAAACACACGCACGGUCUUUCUCUCUCUUUGUGAAGCUCAAGGGAGUCUCUCACAGUACCCAAAAGAAGAAAAAUAAAAAUAAAAGGCUUCCCGGAGAUUCAUAAACACAAACCCUAAAUUAGGGUUUCCAUUUUCUGGAAGCGCAAAAUUAUUGAACCUGCCACUUGCAUUUCCAUUUUUAUCUGCUUCUUUCUUCGUGAAACCGAUUUGUCGGUUUUCUUCUUUGAGUUACAGUGUCUGUAUGAUCAUAGAGAGAGAAAGAGAGAUAGAGGGAAUGGCAUUCGGAGUAAAUAAGAUGUGAAUUCGAGGGUAGAAAUUGGGAAGGGGGAGCUGGAUGGGCGUGGCGAAAUCGUGGAGGUUCAGCUUGAUGGCUGCGAACUUGGGUCUGUUACAGCAACAACAAAACGGGUACAAUGGGAAGAAAGUGUUGUUGAGAUCGGUCAGUAUAAUGGCGUCGCAGCAGAGGAAGCAGUUUUCUUGGACGUUGGUUUGUGGGUUUAUGCUGUUUGGGCUGGGUUUGAUAUCUCUCUUCACAGGCCAUGUCGCUUCUGAUCUUGAAUGGUAUUCUCAGCGCUUGGUCAAGAACACCAUUUACUCCAAGCUGCCUUUCGGUGGUCGAGAGCCAAUUGAUAUUUGGAAAUCAAAAUACUCCAAGUAUUUCUAUGGAUGCAGUAGAAGAGGCCCACGUUAUGCUCCGGCUGUGAAACAGCGAUUCUCAAAUGGCUAUUUGCUCAUUGCGACUAGUGGAGGACUGAAUCAGCAAAGAACAGGAAUAACAGAUGCUGUUGUUGUUGCACGAAUCCUUAAUGCUACAUUAGUUGUACCAGAAUUGGAUCAUCACUCCUUCUGGAAGGAUGACAGCGAUUUCGUAAACAUUUUUGAUGUUGAUUGGUUCAUUUCUUACCUUGCAAAGGAUGUUCCCAUUGUCAAAAGAGUUCCCGAUAAAUUCAUGCGUUCAAUGGAAAAACCUCCAUAUACCAUGCGUGUCCCGAGGAAAUCUGCCCCUGACUACUAUCUUGAUCAAGUUUUGCCUAUACUUUUGAGAAGAAGUGUUGUGCAAUUGACAAAAUUUGACUAUAGACUUGCAAGUAACCUUGAUGAAGAUCUUCAAAAGCUGCGUUGUCGUGUUAAUUAUCAUGCUUUAAGAUUUACAAAACCUAUACAGGAGCUUGGUCAGAAAAUUGUCACGAGAAUGAGAAAGAUGGCAAAACGUUUCAUUGCAAUUCACUUGAGGUUUGAACCUGAUAUGCUAGCAUUUUCUUGGUGUUAUUAUGGUGGAGGUGAAAAAGAGAGAUAUGAACUGGGUGAAAUAAGAAAAAGAUGGGCAACAUUACCUGAAUUAAGCCCUGAAGAAGAGAGAAAGCGAGGGAAGUGUCCACUUACUCCUCAUGAAGUGGGAUUGAUGCUCCGAGCUCUGGGUUUUGCAAAUGACACAUAUAUCUAUGUUGCUUCUGGUGAAAUAUAUGGUGGAGAAGAGACUCUCCGUCCUCUAAGAGAACUAUUUCCUAACUUCUACACAAAGGAAAUGCUUGCAAAUGAAGAGCUGAAAUCUUUUCUUCCAUUCUCUUCCCGUUUAGCUGCCAUUGACUACAUUGUCUGUGAUGAGAGCGAUGUGUUUGUCACUAAUAAUAAUGGCAAUAUGGCAAAAAUUCUUGCAGGUCGGAGGAGGUACAUGGGUCAUAAGAGGACUAUCAGACCAAAUGCAAAGAAACUCAGUGCUUUAUUUAUGGCAAGGGAUAAGAUGGAUUGGGAUACAUUUUCCAGAAAGGUGAAAUCAUGCCAGAGAGGAUCCAUGGGAGAACCGGAUGAGAUGAAACCUGGACGGGGUGAAUUUCAUGAGUAUCCAGACCUAUGUAUCUGUGAGAAACCAGUUAAAGAUAUAGAAAGAAGGCAUGAUGGAGAACACUCGAAACAAGUUGCAAUAGAGUCAACAUCAAAAAUCAGUAAAUAUAACAAACGGAGAAGUUGGAAAAGGGUUUGAAAAUACCAGAAAAAUCAAAGCAUGAUGGAAUAGCCAAAAUAUAAGUGAAACGAAGAUAUAAAUUUUUGCAUGUGUGCAGAAGGAUUGCAGGAUGAAAGUGGCAGUUUGAAGAAUUUUAUUAUAUAGAUUUGGGGAGAUGGUGGUUUCUCUGCCACGGUUUGGCAAUCCUUGUUCGUUAUGCCAGCACAAAAUUUUACACGCUUGGCAUUUCAAUGGUGGCAUUUGUUUGGUCCUCAGGAUAGAAUUCGUUGGACUUGCAUUGCUGAAGUGAGACUCAAUUGGACCUAUGUAUAGGAGAAGGUUCUUUAGUGAGCAGCAAUUGUCCAUAAGCAUUUUGCUUUAGAUAAGUUAAUUUAGCUUUAUAGGCUAGUCCAAACUCAUUUCUGAAGCAUCUGUGAUCAAACAAGAUUUGUGUUUAUUGUGUUCUUUUGUAUUAUGACUUGUAUUUUUUUUUUUUUUUUUCUGGUGCUUCCGUUUCUCUUGAUUUUUAAAUUAAAUAACUUCAGUGUUUUAUAAAUUAAUGCCUGCAAGUUGUCAAAUUACGAAUA